AUGGCAGCAAAGGAAGGCGUCCACAACCUAAAGAACAAGGCCGAGUUCGACGAGGCGCUCGCGAACAAGGACACCCUUCUCGUCCUCGACUGCUUCGCUACCUGGUGCGGGCCUUGCAAGGUCAUUGCGCCGCAAGUCGUCAAAUUCUCCGACAAAUACACCGACGCGCGCUUCUUCAAGCUAGACGUUGACGAGGUCCCAGACGUCGCCCAGGAGCUUGCUGUUCGCGCCAUGCCUACUUUCCUUCUCUUCAAGAAUGGCGAGAAGGUUGGCGAGGUCGUUGGUGCCAACCCUACCGCGCUUGAGGCCGCUAUCAAGCAGAAUGUCUAG